AUGUUCCGCUCUGUACCCUGCAGGAGCAUCCACACUGUACCCAAGCUGAAAAACGCGAAUCUUCUUGCCGAACAGGGAAUUCGCAAUGUCUUAAGUGCCUCUGGGUUCAAGAUUGCUUGGAAUGAACAUCAGAAAAAUUUGUGCGACAAAUUGACGUUAGCAACAGCAGGGACGUCCCUGGAAGGAUAUUUGCCGUUUCAUUUGAUUUUGAACACAGCUAAGAAACCAUUUCAAACGAACAUUUUCAACCUGGCUUCUGCUGCCCAUAAUAACCAUUUGUUCGUCGAAAAUAUAGUGCCGGGGCCUGCCAGCACCUCGCCUUCGAGACUAUUCAGAACUCGCAUAGAGGAGCAAUAUAAUUGCACAUGGGAGGAGUUCAAAGACGAGAUGGUGCGUCGUGCAGAAUCAGAGGUUUUGGGUCAAGGUUGGCUCUUCUUAGUGGAAAACAGUGAAAAAGAAUUGCAUAUACUUACAGUUCAAAACAACGGGACCCCUUAUUACUUUCCGCGCAAUCAAUCAUUUGAUUUGAACUCUGCCUUGAAGCUAGAAGAAUAUUCUCAGCUUGAUGCCGUUCAAGCACUUGUGAAAAAAGGAGAUAAGAUUCAGGAUUGGACCAUGCCUCUAAUCUCAGUGAGUCUCUGGGAUCAUGCCUACCUGCACAAUUACGGCAUUAAAGGAAGGUCUGAGUACGUAAAGAACGUAUUAGACAACUUGAAUUGGUCUGUCGUUAAUAAUAGACUCUACACAGGGUUGUCGUAA